AUGUCUUCCAUCAGGAACCUAGAAAUACAAAUUGGUCAGCUGAGCAAGAGGAUCCCAAAGAUCCCUUCAAACACUCUUCCAAGUAACACAGAGUUUAAUCCAAAGAAAGAGUGCAAAGCCCUCACUAUAAAGGUCAUGGCCGAACCCAAGGAAGGGGUUGCCAUUCACGAGCUCAAGGAAAUCAGAGCUCAUGAGGAGACUGAGACAGUCACCUUACAUGCCCCUCAACUGAUAGAAGAAUCUGAAGAAUACUCUUCUUUAGAAGAGGAUGAGGAGUCCAAGGAAGAGAAAAUUGCUUGGUACUUAGCCAUCCUCAGGAAGCUGAAAGCCAACUCCUCUCAUACAGAGGCAUUGAAAGAGGAAGAUGAGCCUGUGGUGCUAGCCAAGAAGUGUAGUGCCUUGGUCCAAAAGAAGCUUCCUCAAAAGCUGCCAGAUCCCGGAAGCUUUCUGAUCCCCUGCACUAUAGGGACUAUCACCUUUGAGAAGGAAUUAUGUGACCUUGGUUCAAGCAUCAAUCUAAUGCCUCUAUCUGUGAUGAAGAGGCUAAGAAUACUUAAAGUGCAAAAUGCCAAGAUCUUAUUGGAGAUGGCAGACAAGUCCCUGAAAAGGGCGUAUGAUAAUGGGGAGGAUAGAGAUGAAUCUAUAAUCCUUGAAAGGCCUUUCUUAACCACUGCCAAGGCCAUACUUGAUGUAGAAAGAGGAGAGCUAGUCCUUAGACUACAGGAGGAUCAUAUCUUAUUCAAGAUCCCUAAUCCUCGAUCUCCCUCUGACAGAGUUGGUACCAUUGUGCAGCACAUUGUGUUUCAGCAUUCCCUCUAA